AUGGACCCGAUAGUAACAUGUCCAUACGAUGUGACACACAGAAUUCACAAAAGCGUAUUACCGUAUCAUUUAGUACGUUGUCGUAAAAAUCAUCCGUUGGAAAAGGUGCAGUGUCCAUUUGAUGCAUUCCACGUGGUCGAUAAAGAAUAUUUGGAGCACCACAUGUUAAAUUGUGCCAGUAAUGGAAAUAUUAAAAAGGAGCAAUAUAAUUUUGAACCACCACUCCAACUAGGAUCAGUAUCAUUGGAAACAGUUAAAAGUUUGUCUGUACCUGUAAUGCAAGAUUGGAAAGAGGAAAAUAUAAAAACGUAUGAUCCAUGGGAAAAUACAGAGAAUAAAAGUAUUAUGCGAUGUUUAAUAGGACUGUCUAAGUCACAGAAAAAACAGUUUAAAUUAGCUGAGCGGAAAAGAAUAUACAAUCUUCAAGCAGCUAGUAUAUAUGCUUGGAAUCAUAAACCAUGCUUUGUAAGUCAUUUGAAAAGAUUAAGUUUAGAUAGUAUUGAUGCUUUAUUACAAAGCAUUGAUAUUAGUAAACUGUUUAUAAGUGAUAUUAAUGAACAAAAGACUUUUAUGAAAAGAAAGUGUGUAUCAGAUGUUAUUGAGAAGGUAACAAACAUUGUACUAAAUAUGAGAAAAAGUUGUCAAAAAAAGAUAUAA